UAAAUAUCGGUUUUUUUAAUUUUUUUUCAUCUUAUUAUCUUAUUAUUGGGUUGCUCUCACCGUGGUUUACAUAAUGGAUUCGUUGCCUCUGCAAUUCUCCGGCCACCUCAUUUCGUCACCGACGAUCCUCCUCCGUCGCCAGAGCUUUCCGCUUGCAAUUUCCUAUCUUCCGGUGUUUGCUCGUCAAUGGUAUAAAGCUUCCUCUCCAGAGAACAUUGUAAGGUUUCUUCCAUGCUUCCGCAACGAUGCCAGCGAGGUUCAGGCUGUUCAUAUUAGGGAUGUGAAUGAAUUCUCUCAGGAGACGAGUGGUUUGGAUAAAGAGAAUGGAAAGGAAUCUGCAAAAAAGUUUUCAUCUACUGAGUUGAUGCAAAAGUUAAAGAGAUAUGGAGUUGCAGGCGUAUUAUCAUAUGGGCUACUUAAUACUGUGUAUUAUCUCACAACAUUUCUCUUUGUUUGGUUCUAUUUUGCCCCCGCACCUGGAAGAAUAGGCUAUCCAGCAGCUGUAAAAAGGUUCUUUAAAGUAAUGGCGAUGGUGUGGGCUGGUAGUCAAGUCACAAAGGUCCUACGAGUAGGGGGGGCUCUUGCGUUGUGUCCUUUUGUUGAUAGAGGACUAUCAUGGUUCACUGUCAAGUUCAGCUUCGAGUCUGAAGGAAAGGCAUUCGCAGCAAUUGCCGGGCUAUGUUUUGGUCUAGCUUUUCUCCUCUUCCUUGGGCUGACAAUGCUGUGGGCUUAGAGCUUGAAGUCGGUUCUUCUGCAGAUUUUUGCUAUGCCUGUUCUCAUAUAUUCAGGGCGACUUGAUAUUAGUGAGAUUUCUUACUCAUUGGAGUAUUGGAAAAAAAUUAAUAUAGACUUCAAAGAUCUAAUCCCUCUAACCUCCAAAUAAUUACUGUCUCAUAUUUAUGAGUUCUCUUAGGACCAAAUGUGAUGAUGGCUUCACCAUAGUAGCAAUUGAUCUCCCACAUAUAAUGGCACUGGCAAAAUUGUCAUUAAACAACUUUCAUUAUAAGCGACUAAUUCAUAAGCCGUUCAGGAUUGAUUCAGUGAAACCUUUUUGCCUCAUAAAACACAAAAGAGAGGCAUUUCAUA